GUAAAAUAUCACCAUGGCUAGUAAACCUUUUUCGCUUUCUGUUCAAUGCAAAGAACUAGAAGGCCACUUCGACUCCGUUUAUUCCUCCAUUAGAGAACUUUCUAAAGAGCUUGACUCAAUGGAGCAAUUGAUGGUUGAACGUUACAGAGAACUUGAAGCGAAAGAGAAGCGCGUGGAAGAAGCAGUGACUGAUAGAGUCAAGGAUUUUGAACUCAAACAAAAGGGUCUUGAUUUGAGUCGACAGUGGAUAGAAUUAUCGGCGAAAGAGAUAAAUUUAGCGCAAGGAUCAAUGAGGGAUCAUGUUAAAUUGCUUGCAGAGAAAGAGAAGCGAUUGGAAAUGAUUUAUAAUUAUAUUAAUGGGAUGAUUGACUUGAAGUUGAACCAGUUCAAGUUAGAUGUAGAGUGGGUUAAAGGAGAAAUUCAAGAUUUGCAAGUUAAUCUUCUGAAAUUCAAAACUUGUGUUGAUAAUUUUAGUUGGGAGAGAGACAAGCUUGAAGCAAAGUCAAUACUAUUCGAAUUGGACGAGAAGAGAUUUCAAGAAAAGUCAGAAGAACUCGAGUUAAAGGAGGAGCGAUUGGAAGAGCAAUCUAAAAAAUUUAGAAAGAAAGAUGAGGACUACCAGAAAAGAUUGGAAGAACUUGAAUUGAGGGAGAAACAACUCGAAGAGCGCGAAACGCAAUUUGAAGAAUUUAGAAAGAAAGACGAUGAAUAUAAGAAAAGAUUGGAAGAACUUGAAUUGAGAGAGAAGCAAUUCGAAGAGCACAAAUUUAAGGAGGGAACCAACCGGCAAUCAAACAAGUUAAGUGGAAACAAGCGUGGUCGUUCGCAGAAGGUUCCAUCAAUGAAAGCUUCUACAACUCCAUGGCCAGCGCGCGCACCCUAUAGUCUAAGGGAUACGACAAUAAGACGUCGUAUAAGCACUAGCUGAUGUCUUAUACCAAUGUAUGCAUGAGCUAACUGUAUUGCUUUUGCAGGUUUUAUGUAAGUUGCUAUAAUAGUUGUACGAGGAUUAUUGCGUAUUUAAUCUUCAUUCACAGGCUAAACUGUAUCACUAUUGUUAGAGGAAGCUCUUGCAGGUUUUGUUUUGCUUUUGAUAACUGUAUUUCUGCUAUACUAAUUACAGUAAUAAUCAUCAGGAGAAUUCCUGUUCCUGUG